GCCGCCAGACCGUGCGCUGCGACGUCCUCAGGACAGUCGCCCCGGUCCCCGCCACGAUGUUAGCGAAAGUUGUGCGUGUGCUUCUGGUCGUGACAACGAUCCUGGCAGUGGGGAUAAAAGCACCACAUAUUACAUCCAAAAUUAAACCCACUGCUCCAAAUGUCGUCUAUGGCCCCAUGCCCAAGCCCCCUGCAGAGAAGAAGCCUUCACCUGAGAAAAAAGAAUCUUAUGGUGCCACUCCUGUCGUAAACAAGAGAAUGUUAGAAGCAACUAGAAUCCUGGACAACAUGCUGGCAAACUAUGACAGCUCACUGCGCCCUGGCAUUGGCAAGGAACCCACUGUGGUCAACUUUACGUUCAUAAUACAUUCAUUUGGUCCACUCUCUGUUGUAAACAUGGACUAUACCAUCGACGCCACCUUUCAUCAAACUUGGUAUGAUGAACGCCUCCGUUUUACUGGCAGCUUUGAGAACGUUCUUUUGAAUAGGCACUGGGUGAGCCAGUUAUGGCUCCCAAAUGUUGAUAUCAAAAAUUUUAAGAGGAGCCAAUAUCAAGGUCAUGACAUGAACACUCGUAUGGUCCGCAUCUACAAAAAUGGCAUGGUGCUGCACACAGCUAGGAUGAUAAUUGAUAUUGGAUGCCCAAUGCAAAUGGACAAAUUUCCACUGGAUUCUCACUCUUGCCCUCUGUCUUUCUCUAGUUUUUUCUAUUCUAAUAGUGAGGUGAUCUUUAAUUGGAAAAAGCUAGACUUUAACACCACUGCUGCCUGGAAGCUAUUCGAGUUUGAGCUCCAAGGAGUGAGCAACAGCACUGAAGUCAUGAAUACCGAGAUUGGUGAAUACACAGUAACAACAUUUUACUUCCAUAUAAGGCGCCAACUGGGCUUUCUGACCCUCCACCGCUAUAUCCCUUGUUCAUUGUCCACUAUGCUCUCCUGGUUUGCCUUUUGGAUCAAUAAGGAUUUUUCUUCUGCCAGGAUUUCUCUAGGGAUUACUGCUAUUCUCACUUUGUCCACGAUAAGCAGCUUCAUCAAGAAAAGAGUACAAAACCCGACCUGCAGCACUCUCUUGGAUUUCUAUGUUGCCACUUGCUUCGCUUUUUCCUUCUGUUCUCUGUUGGAGUUUGCUCUGAUUACCUUCGUGACUUACAAACGAAACAAACUCCGUGUUCUGAAAAUUCGCCAUUCUCGUUCCAUUAUGCGGAUGUACAUCUCUGCUCGGGACCGUAUCUAUCUCCGUGCCCGAGCCCAUGUCGCCGCACUUCCCCAUCCUGAAGGUUUGGUGAUGGAUUUUGACAGCAGUGAUGAGGGUGAGGAGCAGCAGUGGCGGGUGGAGGGAGAGUGGGAUCGCCUCGCUUGCCCUAGACAGGUGGCUGAUCAUCCUGGCAUUGCCCACCUCCCUGCGAGCUCCCGCAAGUGGUACCAGAAGUUCUUAUGCACCUUCGACUCCUGCCCUGGUGGGAUAUGGCAGGAGGGCCGCAUCUAUAUCCAUGUCUACCGCCUGGAUUCCUACUCACGAAUUUGCUUCCCACUGGCCUUCUUAAUUUUCAAUAUUAUCUACUGGUCUUUUUGCCUGAAAUAUUAGGUGCUAGCUGACACUUACACCGUGGGGCAGCCUCCCCAGUUCCUCUGGAGGUCCCACAUCCCUAAGGGAGUUUGGAUGAGACAGCAGCAGCAAAAGAAACCAGAGAGUAUCUUUCCUCCACCCUUCCAGUUAGGAACUGGCAGAGAAUUGGUCUUUGCAAGCAUCUAUUAAUUGCUUUUCUCUUACUGACACCUCCUGAAGAUGCUGGGCAACAGGAGAACAGUGCGGGAGGACCCAAGUCUUUAGUUCUGGUUCUUACUGUGUUGGUUUUCCCCCUUGCCCCAUUUCCCUGUAGAGAGAGUGACCUGGGGAUAUCCAUUUAGGAACAGGGGAUCCAGCAACUGAACAUCUUUGAAAUAGUAACCCUCCCACUGCUGCUGUGGCACCUUCCUGUCUCCACUCAGGCCCUCCCUUCAUCCUUCAUCUGGACUACCAUUUCAGUACCAUACAUAUAUAGAGAUACAGAUAUAGAUAGAGAGAUGUGUGUGAUAACAGGAAUAACCCUCUAUUUUGUAUUCCUCCUUCCUUCUUGACUGACCCCUGUGACUCUCUGUAACUUCCCCAGUGACUUUCCUAGUCCUGCCUCACAGUCCAGGCCAUGGUGGUUUUUUGGGGCCAAGAAAUAAAGCAGGCAUUUCCUACGCAACCUACAGAUACUAUAAGAGUGUUCUAGCCCUUCAGCCCCUGAGCCUCUGCAUGGACCUCCUGUUCUACCUGGGGCACUUGCAUUAUCAUAAUAAACCAAUUGAAUUCUCUUAAAUGUAUAUAGCCCUUCACCUGUUACAAAGCUCUUCUGAGAAAUUACUUUUAUCUUGAACUUUAUCAUAGCCCUGUAAUGUACCCAGGACAAUUCUUAUUCCCAUUUUGUGGAUGAGAGCCUUGAAUCACAGAUUUCAGUGGGACAGUGGCUGUUACUGGAAACUACCCAGUAACCCACCACCACCUUCUAGGUUAGAAGACAGGACUAGCUAGACAGCUCUUUCUACCAUGACUACUCUUGGGUCUCUGUUGGCACCCCAAAACAGAACCUAUCCUGGCUCUGGUAACCCAGUGAAGUGAAUUUGUAAAUGCCCCAAUUCUUGUAUUUGUGGAAUGAAAUCUCU